GUCGAGGGCAACACUGCACGGCCCAGAUUGACUGUCUUUCGAUCAAAGAUGCACAUGCAUGCCAGUGUCAUCGACGACACGAUUGGUACUGGUGUAACGUUGAUCCAGGUGACUUCCAAGCAGGCCGGCUCCCUGGAGCAGAUCCGCGCCAAGCAAGGCUGCGAUGCCGGACAAGAGAAGACCUGGUCGGUUGACGCAGCAGAAAUCAUAGGAACAGAAGUUGCAAAGCAAUGCCUGGUCCGCAGAUGA